AUGGCGGAGGGCAGGUCCCACUCCAGGCGGUCCUUCCGUCAUCGCUUCCCAACAUACUCUCCCGAUCCUCCGACCGAAGCCCCAGACGCUGCGCAGGACGCUCCUCACUCCCACUUCCUCCCUACCAUCGAUAUUCCUACGCAGCAUUCUUCCCAAACGAAACCAUCUGAACAGGCUACUACAUCUCUCGCUGGUACCGACGACUCGUUGACCGAGGACGACGCUCAGAUGAAGGGCAGGAAACCCGCCAUCGCUGCUGCGGGUACCUUCUUCGGCUUGUUCUCGUUCUCGCAACUAUACCAAAACGUUCUUUUCGAAAGCUUGACCCCCUCGAGCGAACGCGCAGACGAAGCAGCCUGGGUCGCGUCGUCACAAUCAUGGGUAGACCGGAAGGCUUGCAAUUGGUUCGGCAUGUGUGGCCUGGCGCAUCUGAACAAGGCGCAAUGGACUACACAGACUGUGAAAGCUCAGAGCCAAAGGACAACAGAAAACGGAAACGAAGCCAAGAUUAACUUGACCGACUUCUGGAAUGACGCGCGAAACAUUCCAGCUGAUUACAAACCGUCGGAGCAACUCGAGAUACCGCAAUACGUGAUAGACCACGCGCCGCUCAUCCACCUCUUCUCGGGAGAAGAGUACUGGCCAGGCGACAUGGCAGAACACUUGAUACACACAACACCGCAUCUGAACUAUACGCCUCUGCAAGCAUCUAGCGACCACCCGAACAUUAGUGAUCUUGGUGACCUUAACAAGUGGGGACGGUUCGUGUACCUCCAGAGCGAUGACAACGUCGAGGACCGCCCGUCCUGGCUGGGUGCGGAUUACAACAUACCCAACGCGCCGAAUGAUGGAAAUGACGACGAAGACGAUGACGACAAAGAGUAUCACAAAGUGCCUGGACACCUCACGGAGGACAAGAAUGGCGAAAAGUCAAGCUGGUGGCAUGUCGGUGCUGGCGAUACUAGGGAUCGAGGUGGCAUCCGGCCAGAUCCCACAGCUUCCGGUCUACCAGUGCCUUCGGAAUUGCCCGAAGGCGAAGAGCUCAUUGAUGACGAUGAUAAACACUGGCGAUCAGAGCUGCGUUAUGCUCGACGCAGCUUCACUGGCAAGAAAGUCGUCGGUGGUCGAAGUGAUGCACCUGUGCCGUUGGUUGUUGUAGACAAGGGCGAUGGUGUGGUGGACGCUUUCUGGUUUUUCUUCUACAGCUACAAUCUUGGUAACGCUGUCUUCAACAUUCGUUUCGGCAAUCACGUUGGCGACUGGGAACAUACUGUGGUCAGGUUCCAGCAUGGCGAGCCCAAAGCGGUGUUCUUUAGUGAACACAGCUUUGGAGAAGCGUACACCUGGGACGCUGUAGAGAAGAGUGGACAGAGGCCCAUUGGCUUUUCUGCUACCGGUACCCACGCCAUGUACGCUACGGAAGGUGUACAUCCAUACGUCUUGCCUGGUGGCAUUCUCCACGACGUAACGGAUCGGGGCCCUCUCUGGGAUCCUGUCAUGAACAUGUAUUCAUACAAGUACGACUACCGGUCCGACCGCCUUGUCGCGUCGAACCUCAACCCGCGCGCACCUACCUCAUGGUUCUACUUUGGUGGCCACUGGGGCGAUAAGUUCUACCCACUUAGCGACCCUCGACAAUACCGCUUCUUGGGCCAGUACCAUUACGUCAAUGGACCACUUGGCCCCCGCUUCAAGAAUCUAGGGCGGCAAGAAAUUUGUCAGGGCAACGGGGAAUGUGUGCUUAAGGGACGUCCUGGAGAGAAAUCUAGGAUCACAAAGAGGUGGGUGAACAUCGGCGAGGGCGAAGAGAUGAAUGAGGAAGACGCAAAACGCGUCUUCGGCACAGAGUAA